CAGAAAGUUCCAGCUGACAGUAUUCGAGUAAACCUUGAUUACACAAAUGUUUUGUUUUGCACUCUAGCUGCUUAGUCAUUUUCGGGUCGUCAUCAUAUUUGCUAGCCAGUAAUUACUAUCGGUAAUAUCUAUAGUGCUGUUAUUUUUUCAAACUCUGUAAUCUACCUGAUCGUGAGAUUUUCGAAGCAAUGAGCCCGCUCAAGGAAUCACUGGUUCUUACCCUGGAGCGCACCAACAGCAAAGAAAGUUACCUAAAUGGGACAGAAACGUUGCUCCGGCUGUUAGACAACAUUAUUCGCGAACCUCAGAAUGCAAAGUUUCGCACGGUGCGGUUGGAAAAUCGAACCAUCAAGGACAAGCUGCUGGCGGUAGACGGGAUGCGGGAGCUGAUGGCCGAAAUUGGUUACGUGGAGUCCGAUGGAACACUCACUCUGCCAGCAACGGUAGUCGUGGCCAAGCUGCGCAAGUAUCGCGAUUACAUCAACGAACGAAAAGAACUGAUAAAAAACCCUCCUUCAUGUUCAACAUCUGUCGAGAAGAAAAAAGAAACAACCGAGGAGAAGAAAUCAGUUUUAUCGUUGCCCAUUAUAAAAGCAAGCUGUUCGUUUCAGCAAAGGAUUUCCUUUCCAAAGGUUGUUACGUCGAGAAAUCAAUUACUCCAGCAGCUUGAGCUUCUGUCCGAUCAAGUUAUGCAGUACGAGGAUGCGGAGUUGUUACGAAGUGGUAAAGAGUUGAUUCCUUUGGAGGCACUUCGAUUGAGGGCUAAGGAAAAGCUACGCAGAAUACAAAAGAUGAUAAAAGCUGGAACGUUUGAAAGCAACGAGGAACCGUGGAUGGUUGAUUUGAUCCUGGAGGAAUUAGUGAGUUGGUUCAAGGCGGAUUUUUUCCGAUGGAUUGAUGCUUUACCAUGCUCUAUCUGUGGCAAUCAAAAGACCCAGCAGGUUGACAGCUUCGUGGAUGAUGGCGUUCGAGUGGAGGUCUACAAAUGCUGCAACCAGCUCCGGAGGUUUUAUAGGUAUAACGAUGUUGAGAAGUUGCUUCACACAAGGUGUGGUCGCUGCGGAGAGUGGGCCAACUGUUUUACAUUCCUUUGCCGAGCUUUGGGCUACGAAGCUCGGUUUGUGUUUUCUACCGGGGACCACGUGUGGACCGAAGUUUACUCGGCUCGCAAGCAAUGUUGGAUUCACGUUGAUCCGUGCGAAAAUGUGAUUGAUUCUCCGCUCAUGUAUGAGCACGGUUGGAAGAAAGAAAUAGCGUAUGUUUUUGCGUUUUCUCGAGAGGACAUACAGGAUGUGACCUGGCGCUACUCGAACGACCAUACUAAAGUGCUGACGAGAAGAAAAAGUUGCCCGGAGAGGGAAUUGUUGGAUACGAUUAUAAAACUAAGGACGAAACGAAGGGAGAAAGUGUCUGUUCAUAGGUUGAAAUAUUUGCGCAGAAGAACGUUAGAGGAGUGUCUGCAGCUGUUGGGUACAAGGUCACCGACGGAAGCGGAGCGAGAGGGACGGAGCUCUGGCAGCUUAGAAUGGAGGCUUGAACGGGGCGAGCAAAAACUGAACGUUUUUUAUAUUUUCAUACCAAAUGAACCAGAGAUUGAAGCGAAACAAUUUAACUUGCGAUAUUCCUGUGCGAAGGAUACCUACGAAAGGUUUCUGAGGGAUUCCACCGGGUCGGUAUCGAUCGUGGACAGUUCCAAAGGUUGGCAGAGUAGGCAGUACACUAGUGAAAACAUCUUUCGCAAGGAGGAGCACGACUGGAAGAUGGUUUAUCUGGCAAGAACGGAGGGUACAGACGAAGCUACGAUAAGGUGGAAGUUUGAUUUUUCUGUUCAGGGAUUGACAAUUAAGGAUAUUCAAAUUACGUUUGCAACGCAAACUUACGCUGGAGCCACUGUGCAGAUAGCAUAUCUAAAAGAAGAUGGAACGUUGCUGCCAUCGAUUCGCAGUCUCGUGGGUUUAGGUAAGUUUACGAUUCAAGUAAAACUGAGCGGCGGAAACAUGUGGCAACACUCGCAAAUAUUUCGUCAGGAAAAAUAUGCCAUAAACUGGCCGUUGGAGUUGAAUGUGCAAUUCUUUUGAGAUCGUGCUUUACUGCGCAAAUAUUCUAUAUUGCCGCACAAUUUAACGAUUUGUGCAAUAGAUCACUAAAUUUUUUUAUGGUGAAUAUUAGGUAGUGUUUCAAGUUUUACUUCUAUCUAACUUCGCUGUUAUCUAGUCAGCUCAAAUCAAAAUCAUUAGAUAUGCAGUAUGUAAUACUGUCAAGAUA